CCGCCUCCUGGAGCUUUUCCGCUCGGAGGAACACACGCAACGCCGAGGGUGGGGCGGUCCUGACUGUCCGAGCCCCGCCAACUCGGGGAACAGGAUGCCGGUGAAAGGAGGAGGAAGGCUCGUCUCCUACCCGAGCAAAAGCGACAACGUCGGAAGCUCAGGAAUGGAAGAGAUGGUAUGGGAGCAGUACACGGUAUCUUUGCAGAGGGACUCCAAGAUGGGUUUUGGCAUUGCGGUGUCAGGUGGGCGUGACAACCCAAAUGUGGACAAUGGUGAGACGUCAAUCAUUGUGUCAGAUGUGCUAAAGGCUGGACCUGCAGAUGGAUUGCUCUUUGAAAAUGAUCGUGUCAUUCAAGUCAACUCAGUUGCCAUGGACAAUGUGCCUCAUUCCUUUGCUGUGCAGUCACUCCGUAAAUGUGGCAAAGUGGCUAAAAUAACAGUGAAGAGACCUCGUAAGGUUGCGAUUCACUCUCUAAAGCAGCCGCCUUCGCCAGACAGGGACAGCCAGGAUUAUGCUCCAUCUACACACUAUUACGAUGCAGACCAUGACAAUGGCUGGUACCACGAUGAAGGCCAAACCUCUGAAAGCAAAGCUUACCUGGAGCCUGAACACAGAGGAGGCCGGGACUACAACCAGAGGGGAAGGAGCCGUGGCGGGAGCCGAGAGAGAUCCUCACCCAGCCCUGACAGAUACAGGAGGGAGGGUAGUCGAGGACGAACUCAGAACACCGGCACCGAACGUCAGCGAUACGACAGCCGAGGAAGAAGCCCUGGAAGCAGAUACAGCAUGGAGGACAAAUAUGAAAGAGGAGAAGGUGGUGGAGGAAAAAGAGGACAGUACAGGAGCAGGGAUCAGCUACAUGACAGUCCUCCAUCCCCCACUUCAAGGGAGUUGGAGCCCCUGGAGAAACCUGUCAAUGUCAUGCUGGUGAAGAACAGACCCAAUGAAGAGUAUGGUUUACGUCUUGGCAGUCAGAUCUUCAUCAAACAGAUGAGUAGCACAGGUCUUGCUGCUAAGGAUGGCAACCUGCAAGAGGGAGACAUCAUCCUUAAGAUCAAUGGAACAGUGACAGAGAAUCUUUCUCUGCACGAUGCUGGGAAACUGAUAGAGAAGUCGAAAGGAAAGCUGCAACUCGUGGUUCAAAGAGACCGCCGCCAUAUUCUUGUCCGCAUUCCCCCUCUUGCAGAUUCUGACUCUGACAAUGAUGACAUAUCAGAGAUGGAAUCGUACCAUUCGUACUCCCCACCAGAGGAACGCAAGUCCCGACAGUCUGACCUGUCGUCCCACUCUUCGAAUGAAAGAGACAACCCAAGGGAAGGACCUAUGAUGGCAAUGGCCAAAAUGUCGGCUAUGGCGUCACCAUUUAAAGUACCUGAAGACCCUCAGGCUUUGGCCGGCCUGGAUAAAGACACAUCAACUCACACCACAGAGCCUCCAGUUUUAACCACACCCAAAAUUCUCCUCCGACCCAGUUCAGAAGAUGAAAAAUUAUAUGGGCCAAACACGCUUAUGGUCAAUUUCCAGAAGGGUGACAGUGUGGGCCUGAGGCUGGCAGGGGGAAACAAUGUUGGCAUCUUCAUUGCUGGCGUUCAGGAAGGCAGUCCUGCUGAAGAAGAGGGCCUCCGCGUCGGCGACCAGAUUCUAAAGGUAAAUCAUGUGGAUUUUCAAGGUGUUGUCCGAGAGGAAGCGGUGCUCUUCCUGUUGGAGAUUCCAAAAGGAGAUUUGGUCACCAUUUUGGCUCAAAGCAAACCAGACGUGUAUAAUGACAUAUUGGUGUCAGGACGUGGAGACUCCUUCUUCAUCAGGACGCACUUUGACUUUGAAAAAGAGAUUCCUCAGAGCCUGUCUUUUGGCCGGGGGGGUAUCUUCAAGGUGGUGGACACGCUGUAUGAUGGCAAGCUUGGCAACUGGCUGGCAGUUCGUGUUGGCAAGGAUAAACAGCUGCUGGAGAAGGGAAUUAUUCCCAACAAGAGCAGAGCGGAACAGAUGGCCAGUGUUCAGAGUUCCCAAAAGGUCAUUGGUGGCGAUCGAGCGGAUUUUUGGCGGUUGCGAGGCCAGCGUUCUUUAAAGCGGAAAGACCUGCGGAAGAACUGCGAAUAUGUUGCCUCACAGACUCUGGCAACACGCUUUCCAUCGUAUGAACGUGUGGUCCUCCGAGAGGCUGGUUUCCGGCGUCCUGUGGUGCUGUUUGGUCCCAUAGCUGAUGCUGCCAAUGACAAACUGGCAUCUGAGAUGCCCAACUUGUUUGUUAUUGCUAAGACGGAACCGAAAGAUGCUGGCUCUGAGAAGUCCUCAGGUGUGGUUCGCCUCAACACUAUUCGGCAAAUUAUUGAGCAGGAUAAACACGCCCUGCUUGAUGUAACGCCCAAAGCAGUGGACACCCUGAACUACACCCAGUGGUAUCCCAUCGUCAUCUUCUUCAAUCCAGACAGCAAGCAUGGCAUCAAGGCCUUGAGACAAAGAAUAAUUCCAAACUCCAACCGAAGUGCCCGCAAGUUAUAUGAGCAAGCCAUCAAGCUGAGGAAAAGCUGUUGUCACUUAUUCACAGCUACCAUAGAGCUGAACUCAGCCAAUGAUGCCUGGUAUGGUAGCGUCAAGGACGCCAUCAGAGAGCAACAAACGCAAGCAGUCUGGGUUUCUGAUGGCAAGUUGGACGAAGUAGAGAGUGAUCUGGACUGCCAGGAUGCGGAGCGUCUCUCCUUCUUGUCCGCCGACUACCUCAGCAUGGACAGCAGACUGACCUCUGACCUGGACGAUACUGCGGAUGAGACCUACACCGACAAUGAGUUGGACACAGAGACCAUGCACAUCUCUGCCAUCAGCCGCUCAUCGGAGCCAGUCACCGCUGAGCAGAUAUUACGCAGGUACAGCCCAGAGAUCCGCAGUCGUCUGAAAAAAAGCAGCCAGGAAGUUGCCAACAGGUGCAGCCCUCCACCUGUAUUCCUGACGGACAGUAAGGUAAAGCUAUCUCUGAAGGAGGAGUCAAUACUUUUGUCUGGCUCGGAAGUCCCACACCAACACCGUCAACAUCAACCCGCACCUCAAAGCUCUGGCCAAAACUACGAUUCCCCUUCCAGCAGUAGUCCUGCUAGCAGCAACAACGACCCUCCUCCACCAAUCCCACGCUCCACUCACUCUUCUGGCCCUCCGCCGCCGCCGCCGCCUCCACCUGCCCUCCUCAACUCCUUUGGAAAACCUCGGACUCUGGGCGCUGCCAAACCUCAUUGGGCGCCCAAGCCUAUCAUCAGGACCAUGGUGGAGAAGGCAGUUCCCUCGUCUGCGCUCAGUGAGACCUGUUGGCAGCGAGAAGAGGCAACACAAGACAGUAAAAUGGAGGAUCCAUCCAUGAAGUCUUUCGUGGGAAAAGUCCAGGCCUUGGAGAAGAUGGAUCACUUUGCCAGGGCCCAUAGGAUGCUCCAACUGCAAGAGGCCCACAAUGCCAGGAUGGAGAUUGCCCAGAAGCAUCCUGACAUCUAUGCUGUCCCCCUGAAGACUGCCAAACUAGAUGACAGUCGCCCACAGCCUAUUGGCUCCAGCUCUUGUGCUGAGCCCCAAAGGUGUCCAUCUCUCCAGGAUGGGAACCCUCUCCACCCCAGCAAGGAGUGCGAAGUGGAAGCCAUGUCAGGGUACCACACCUCCAAGUCCCCGUACGAGGACACAGAACUGUAGGUUAGCGUGCAGCCGCUGUGCCUGUCCUGAAGCUCUUGAUACACCACACUGUCAGAAAAUAUUUGACAGUAAAUAAACUGGCAGAGUGGUACUAUAAAAAUAAGUUUGCGUUCAUAAUAAUGCACUGUAAAAACAACGACCAGAGAUUUUACGGUUUAACAAAUGGCAGCUCAGUCGCCAAACUAUUACUGUAAAUUUUACGCUUUUUAAUUUUUUUUACUGUAAAUAGAAAAAAAGUCAAAUGCUGGUGAUUUUGCUGGCAGAAUUUUUACUGUAAAAUCUUUGGCCGUUGUUUUUGCAGUGCAUUACUGUAAAUGAAAAAAAACGGUACCACUUUUAUUUUUACGGUAAAAUUCCGCCAAUUGUUUAUGUUAAAUCUACUGACUUUUUUACAGUGCGCUUACUUUUCCUGCACAUUCAGCUGCUACUUUUUUCUAUUGUCACAACACUGUCUCCACUUCUUUCUCUUUGUCAAAUAUUUAUGUUUUUUUAACGUACCUCCAUAAGCUUGAAAGCCAAAACUGAUUAUUCAGGAACCACUCGUUUGAUUUUUUUGUUUUUCGGCCUAUGCAACUCUUCAGUUUUUGCACGGCAGCUGAGCUUUGCCACACGUUUUGUCCUCACAAAGAAGACCUCAGCAACUUUUAUAUCAGCUUGCUCAUCGCGGUCCUUUAAAGCUACUGUAAUUGCUCGUAACUAUCAACAAAGAUUGCAUAUAUAUAUAUAUAUAUAUAUAUGUAUAUUAUUACUUACAAUAUCGUAUAUUUGCUAAUAUCAAUCCCGCGUAUAUCGGAAAUCAAGUGUUUAUACUCUCAUGUCUUUGCAUUCCUUCCUACACAACAAUGUAUACAUACCCUACCUAUUUAUCACCACACACAGUAGGAAGGGGAUACAUGUGGCUCCAUUUGUUGCGGUUUACCUGACACAUGAAACGUGACGAAUUUGGGAGGUGCACUAUCCACUUCAGAUGGCAGUGACGUGUUCCAUCCAUCCAUUUUCUACCGCUUGUCCCUUUUGGGGUCGCGGGGUUGCUGGAGCCUAUCUUUGAAUAUCUUAAAAUGUGUUUUGUGGCAAUUCUAACUUUGACCACAACAUCAGUUGCUAUGUAGAUAUGUGCUUUUCAUCAUUUUCAGCAAACUGCAUUGCAAAAUGAUUAAAUCUCCCCCCUCCGCCCAGGAAUGGGACCAUGUGAAUCCCUUCCGUACUGUACAAAUAUAUAUAGAUUGAUAUUAAUUGAAGGAGGAAAAAACAGCCAUUGCCGGUCCCAAUGGGAUGUCGUGUGUCAGGACGGCCACUUAAUCUUAUAACUAGAAGGAACAAAUCAUACACAUGGUUUUACACACUAGAAUCUAUGGAAAUGUGCCUUUUACUUUGGUAGUCACAUGAGGUUUUGGCUUGUCCUUCCAACAAACCUCUGCUGCUCUCUGCUACUGCUGCCAGGUGUUAAAGGAAACCAGGGAAUGAGCAGCUGAGUUUACAUGCACAAAAUAUCUCCACUCUGAUUUCAACCUCGGUUUUCAGGAUCCCACAUCCACUGUUCAUGUCAGGGGUGUCAAAACGUAUGCCCCUGAGGGUCGCACACUGAAAAAUUCAAGCAUGCCAUUGUGAUAUUUAAUGGGUUUUGAGACUCUUGCAAGGAUGCUAACUGUUCCCAUUAUAAGAAACUAAUUGUGAUUUGAAGCCAACCACCAAGACUGGAUGCUCAUGGACGCCGUUUGGUUCAGCUUAAACCGUGAUGACAUUUCUUUCUGUGCUCACCAUUUUACAGCCAAAUCUUACGUAUGACGUGUUUACGGUAUAUGAAAUGUUUUUAAACUGUUCAUUUGUGUCCAUGUAAACAUGUCACCAAAUCCUUAU